UUUUUCAUCCAAGCGAAGCUAACUCAGGGCGUACACCGCUGCUGCUAGAGGAAGCGACGCUGCAGGCUCAAUAAAUGUUUUCAUAAUCCAAUCCAAUCCAAUCAACAGCGAGGGACAGGACGGCGCGAUCCACAGCAGACGAUCUCCUCCACACAGAUGGUUUCCCUCUCGAAUCAGCAUCAGCACUGCAGCCUUUUCUGAGCUGUAGUGAUUAGUCGUGUGCAAGUACUUUUUGUGUCGCGCGCGCGAGAAUGGCAAAGGCAGCUUUCAAUGAGCAGCUUAUUGCCGAAGUCGAGAAGAGGCCAAUUUUGUGGAAUACGAGGUUAGAGAAGUACCGCGACUCCGACCUUCGUGAUCGUCUGUGGGAUGAAAUUGCACAACUGCUGAAAGAAAUGAAACCAAAUGCCGACGAAGCGCAGACCCGCUGGCGUAGCCUCCGCGACACGUUUCGAAAAAAGAAGAAAGAAAAGAAAGAUGCAUCAAGAAGCGGGAGUGCUUCUCAAGAUGGAACAAAGAAAGAGUGGCCGUAUUACAGCACAAAGCCAGUAACAGUGAGCAACGUGAGCGACAACGAAGAAGACAUAGCCUUCGUUGAGCCAGCUCCACUCUCAGAAGAACAGACCCAAGAGCCAACAGAGAUUGUGAAUGAGCUUUAUCAGUGCAUUUCAGAGAGGGCGCCAGGUCCAAGCAUGGUGAGCAGUGCCAGCUCAAGCCGCAAAAGGAGUGCGAAAGAAAGGACUGGGGGUCGAAGAAAAGCGCUGAAAGAAAUUGACAAACACAUCGACACAGUGAGCAAUCAAAUUGCAGCGUACAAGGAAUUGAGCCCAAGUGCGCACUUUGGGUUGGCUAUAGAGCCAUUUGUUGCUGCGACGCCUGAGCACAUGAAAGCUCACUUAUACAUGGAGCUCAUACAUGUUGCCUCACAUUAUGCCCGAGGCAUUUACCCACCAGCGCUUCUGUAUCAAGGAAUUCCAGAAGAUGAACGAUGGUUUCGUCACAGCAUUAAGGAAAGCAUUCUCCUCAGCUUCCUGGCGCCACUGCCCUUCCACAAGGUUGCCGAAGGUGUCUACCUCGUCCACAUAUCUUUCUGGAAUGUAGGACACGUCAUCACGAAGGAAAUUGUGCAGAGCACAUGCUGCGAGUGUCACCAUUCUGGCAUUUUCUGGUAG